UGAUCUCGUCCCUGGGCGGGCUUGCUUCGCGGGACGGGGGCUGGCUGCGCCCCUCUGGUUGUUCCGAGCUCCGAAUCUUGCCGGUUCCCCUUUCUUGCCGGUCGAUUUGCUCGUCUGGCUCCGAUUCGUCGCGGAAUUUGUGGCGUGCUAAGCUUGACUUCUUGCAGCAGUGGGAGAGGGAAAAGAAGAGGGCCUUGACUUCUUGUAUUACAGUAUUUUCUAGCUUUUCCCCUUCGUUUAGUGUGAAGAAGCAAGCUAGGGUUCUAAGUUCGUUAGUAAUCAGUUCUUGCGAGUGGUCAACUGCGAAUAUGUAUCUGGAGGGCAGCGGCUGCCUCUCGUCAGAAAUUAGUUCGAUUCUGUGUCUUCAAUGCUCAGUUUAUGGCGUGGCAUGAUGAAUCAGCGGUACAGCUGCAUGAUGUUUCGUCCGUAUAUAUAGGAAUUAACAUCCAGUGGAGUGUGAGAGCUAAUAAUAGUGACUGGUGUGGUUAUCCUUUUGAUCUGUUUUCUUUGGGGUGCAUCCCGAAUUAAUGUGCUGUGGGAAUUAGUUACAUGACUGGUUGAACUGUGGGCAAGAGUGAGUGAAGAACUGAGUUGGCGCGCCCGCCAGACCGCCAAGGUUGUUUGCGCGCUAUUUCCCUCGCGCAAUUUCAGUUUAAUUGCAUGCAAAUUUAGAAGUAGUUAUCGUUGAGCUCAAAGCUGUGGACCAGGCAGUAAUGUACUCCCACCCUCUCAUUUAUCAUAGCUACCUUGUGGCGGUUGCACUUGUUUACUAGCAAAAGGAAGCACAUAAUUUGCAAGUGUUCAUCUGGUGCGGUGGGCCAGCCACUGAUAGCUGGAUGAAUAAUCUAAGACGUUUCCAGCCACUAUGCGUCAUUGGGUCUGGAUCAAUGUGCUCCCUUGCUGCAUGUACCGUAGAAGAAUAUGCUGCACCUGCAAGCAGAUGCUUGGUUCCAGCCAGGACUUGUUCUCGGAAGAAUAUGUCUUGCUUUGGAUGCUGUGGUGAUGAAGAUACUCAAAGAGCACCAGACAACAGGAAUCAAUACCCAGGAAACCAUCCAGCAAGGAAUGAUGCAUAUCGCACUGCCGAUCCAACUCCCAAAGGUCCUCAACCUGUGAAAGUGCAACCCAUUGCAGUUCCCACCAUUCCUAUGGAUGAAAUUAGGGAGGUUACUAAGGGUUUUGGUGAUGAAGCUUUGAUUGGUGAGGGUUCCUUUGGCAGAGUAUAUUUUGGUACUCUAAGAAAUGGUAGAGGUGCAGCAAUCAAAAAGCUGGAUUCCAGUAAGCAGCCAGACCAAGAAUUGCUGGCACAGGUAUCUAUGGUAUCAAGGCUUAAGCAUGAAAAUGUUGUGGAGUUGCUUGGUUACUGUCUUGACGGGAACACCCGUGUCCUUGCUUAUGAGUUUGCCACUAUGGGCUCUCUUCAUGAUAUGCUUCAUGGAAGGAAAGGUGUUAAAGGGGCUCAGCCAGGUCCGGUCUUAUCAUGGAUACAACGGGUGAAGAUAGCUGUUGGUGCAGCGAAAGGCCUAGAGUAUCUUCAUGAGAAAGCACAGCCUCACGUCAUACACAGGGACAUCAAGUCCAGCAACGUUCUUCUCUUUGAUGAUGAUGUAGCUAAAAUAGCCGACUUCGAUUUGUCAAACCAAGCUCCUGACAUGGCAGCCCGGCUUCACUCAACUAGGGUUCUGGGAACAUUUGGAUACCAUGCACCUGAGUAUGCAAUGACUGGUCAACUUAGCUCUAAGAGCGAUGUGUACAGUUUUGGAGUUGUUCUUCUGGAGCUAUUGACUGGGAGGAAACCUGUCGACCAUACAUUACCGAGGGGGCAGCAGAGCCUUGUCACAUGGGCCACCCCAAGACUGAGUGAAGAUAAGGUUAGGCAAUGUGUUGACUCUAGACUUGGAGGGGACUAUCCUCCUAAGGCUGUUGCAAAGUUUGCAGCCGUCGCGGCAUUGUGCGUCCAAUAUGAAGCCGACUUCCGGCCAAACAUGAGCAUCGUCGUCAAGGCGCUCCAGCCCCUGCUGAAUGCGCGAGCAGCCCACCCCGGGGCUGAGCAUGCCGGACGCUAAGCACCACUCCGGCCUUUUGUAUGAUAUAAUAGAUAAGGAAAAAUGAGCAAUCAAUUGUUGUUCUUGCGGGGCGCGUGGCAGGCGGUUUUUGUACAUUUGUGAUUAUUCUUCCCAAGUUGUAACCCUCGAGAUUCUAGUACCAGAAAUAUUUGAUUCUUUGUAUCGGUUGCAAGGUCAGCAAGUAUCUAGUACCUAGAACACUUGUCAUCGGACAGAGAGAAAAAGGAAGAUAAUAAACACUGCUGCGUGAGCUUAUGCCAUUUGCUUCCAAGUCCA